AUGACGAACGGCCCCAGCAUCCCUGACAGAGAGAGACCUGAGGAGAUCCACGGAGAGGUCGAAAAUAUAAUUGGUGUGGUGAUUGGGAAAACAGAUGCCAAAGGCUUUCCGGAUAGAAAAAAUAUUGGAUCAGAACGAUAUACUUUUUGUUUUACCAUUCGUGAUUCCCCAUCAUGGUUCAUAAAUGUGAAUUCCUGGGGAAGAGAGGACUAUAUUAAAUCACUUUCAGAAAGCUUUAGACUUGGUGAUUGUGUCAUAAUUGAAAAUCCUCUAGUACAGACAAAAGAGGUGGAAAAAGAAGAAAAGUUUAACCCAACUACAACAAGCAGUUACAAACUAUUGCUCAGUGAGAAUCACUCUGUGGUCAGAAUCUAUGAAGCAGAUACUGGACUGCUGUCUCUGUUACAUCUACCUGUAAAGAACCCACAAGAUUUUUACUCAUUGGGGGAUAUUGUGGCCAAUGGACAAAGCUUGGAUGGAAAAAUAAUUAAUGUUCUUGCUGCUGUUAAAUCAGUUGGUGAAACAAAAUAUUUUGCUACUUCAGACAGGCGUAAAGGCCACAGGUGUGAAGUAAGACUGUAUGAUGAUAGCGAGUCUUCCUUUACAAUGAUAUGCUGGGACAAUGAAUCUAUCCAGUUUGCACAGAGCUGGAUACCGCAAGAAACAGUAAUAUUUGCAUCUGAUAUAAGAAUAAAUGUUGACAAAUUUAGAAACUGUAUGAUUGCAACUGUAAUCUCAAAGACCAUCAUUACUAUUAACCCUGAUACAGCGGAAGCCAAUAUUUUAUUCAACUUCAUAAGACAAAAUCCAGAAAUGUUAGACUUGGAUGAUGAAAUGAUAGAUCAGUGGAGAUCAGACUCCAUAAAUUUGCAGACAAUAGUUGACGUUUAUACAGUGGAACAAUUAAAGAUGAAAACUUUGCAAAAUGAAGGAAAGCCAGAACCAUUUUAUGGCAUUAUUUUUGCUUACAUUUCUUCAUUGAAUAUUGAUAAUGAAUCAAGUAAAGUAAUACGAAACAAAUGUGUUAAAUGCCACUAUGUUAUCAAUGAAAAGACAAAUACAUGUUCUUUUUGUAGCAGCACUAACUCCUUAGCUGACACUGUGCCAAUGUUUGCCAGCUUUGAUUUAUUAGUUGACCUAACUGACCAUACAGGAACUCUUCACUUUUGCAGUCUCUCAGAUACAAUAGCAGAAGAAACUUUAGGUCACACGGUCCAAGAAUUUCAAGCUCUGACAGAGACACAAAAGACAACAUUAAAAUGGCAACUCCUUCUAGAAAGAAGCAAAAUUUACUUUAAGGUUAUUUUUUCUACCACAGCACGAACUGGGCUAAGAGUGAAACUGCUUUCUUGCAACCUAGCAGAUCCAGUGGAGGCUUGUCAAAACUUGCCUGAAAAAGGAAAAUAUUAUGCAUCUUUAGAAUAAAUGGAAGGAAUUCUUAUUUUAUCAUAGCAGGGCAAAAUGACAUCUGUAGAGGAGAAUGCAGACUCCAUACAAAGGCUU